UAAAAGCACAAUGUGACUGUAAAUAACAAAUAUAAGAAUAACUGAAACGUGCUAAUGUAAUCGAUCAAAAAGUUAUUAAUGUAGUUUAUUUUGGAGAAGAUGGGGGUUUGUGAAUUGGAUAAUGAAGUGUCUGGUGAAAUUCUGGGAUGGAAGCUUCCAGCUUGGCAAGCGUUGUUGCUACAUCGUGUAUUCCCCUCUUGCGGGGGCUUAGUCAAUUAUUUAUUUAUCAUUUGUUUUGACUUCGCUUUGGUGUAUGAACAUUAUCAAAAUAAAAGUAAUGUAUUAGCUGUGUUCUGCUUAAUAAUAAUAAUCUUGCCAGCUGUAAUAUCUCUUGUAUUUACUCUGGCCUCUCCACCGCCAACAUUGCUGCCAGAUGAUUCGUCUUUUCAUGUGAAAAUAAAAAAAUCUGAUAUUAAAUGGAUUUUUAUGCAACUCGGGAAUGCUAUUUUCUUUCCCAUUGCCGCCGUCGGUAGGUACAGUUACCUCAUAUUCUGGUGGGUAGAAGCAGUGUUUGCAGCUCAUUCACAAGAUGAAGAAAGAACGCAGGCUGCUCUUACCGAGGUGCGUGCACCGUCUUCGGUAGAGCUUUAUUUAUUUCUGCAAGCCUUUGUACACUCUGCUCCGCUCGCAGUGAUUAACUUAUUGGAUAUGAUGUCAAAUUACAAAAACCCUACAUAUGACAAAAUGCUUCUUCAAGCUGUCAGUUUGAUUGCAUCUUCACUGCGAAUGGCGAGUACUGCUACUCUGUAUAGAAGAUUUGAAAGAGAAAAGAUAUGUGGUCGGAGAUAUCCGUGGAACAAUAAAUUCGACGAUAACAUUGAAAAUAUACAUAAAAAUGAAAUAAAUAAACCCAUUGACGACGAGCCCAUAUACGAACCUAUUAUUCAAAGAAAAGAACAUUUAUCAUCAAACACGCAAUUGGAUAAUAUAAAAGAAAAAGUUAAUAGUGAUUUUAUACAAUUUUCUCCACGACAUUCGUUAAGGAAUUCAACGUUUUAUGAUGAUUAUUGCGAUUGUGACAGUGAUACAAGUUCAGAUUACAUGCCACCGACAAAUAAGCAGGAAGUAACAGACAGUGACGACGAGUACGUUAAGCCAAUAACGAUUAUAGAUAAAGUGGCACCUCGCAGACGAGAAACUUAUAAUAUAGAACAAGUCAAUGUGACCCCUCCGCCGAUGACAUAUGCCCCAAGACCUGGUUCUUUCGCUGUUUGGGCUGAGAAAUUAGUCGAAAACGCGGAGUCUAUCCCAGCGUGGCUCUCCGCACCGCCGAGGAGGAAACAUGUGGAAGUAAUUCAAGAUGAACCGGACCUGCCGCGCCGGAUGCCCCGCUCACGUAUCCGUGGUCUCGAGCCGCAAGACGCUACGGCUGCUUUCAUACAUUUUCUGGCUUGGUACGGAUUUUUUGUUGCACGAUUGCUCUCUCUAGCCGCAUUUAUCAACUUUUCACCUUUUUUCUCAAUAAUAGUUUUAUUUAUACAUUAUCAAAUAAUGUUACUUUUAUUAAUAGUACCGCAAGCUCCUACUGUAAGGAGAGCGUUUUAUAUAUUUCUGGCGUUCAUCUAUUUGUUUUGUUUGAUGGAGUUCAAAAUUCGAUUCCGUCACGUUCGUGUCUGGCACAUUUUUUGGUUUCUCGUUUGCAGUGCUGAGAUUGUAAUAUUUAUUUCAUUGUGGUCCACUAUUGAUAAUCCAUUACACAAUUGGUGGAACUAUUUUAUAGUAAUCGUUACUAUAUGUAGCAUGUUACUUAGUUAUAUGUUAUUUUUAAUGUAUUUUUUAAUGCUUCAGCCUAGGGAAACCGUUGUACAUGUAGACAAUAUAAAAAGCAAAUCUCUCAAAGUAAACAGGCACACCAUAUAGAUUGUUUUUUAAUGUAAAAAUAUAUUAAAUAUUUUGUUUUGUAACUAAAAAUAACUUUUUGCGUACAUUUGAACGUUCUAAGAAGUUUGAUUGAACACAUCUGUUGGUUCUAGCGUGCUUGCUUAUUCUUUAUUAUGGUAUUAGUGAGU